CCUGCAAGAGCAAAGACUCAAGAGCUCAACGGAAUCAACAAGUCAACCCAUCCCAACGUGAGCACCCUGACCCGACCCGGCCAUGCCCUCUCUCUCUCUGCUGCACUAUCUUGCCUUGUUUCUGCUCCCCCUUCUCUCGCUCGGACUCUACAGCGGAGACAUGGAUAUCUAUGAAACAUCUGGAUCCGAGCUGCAGAAUGAAGCUCACGCUCCAGACCAGAAGUGGGUUGACGUCGCCAAACAGCUGCGGAAUGAAGUUAAAAACGCUCGCGAUGAGCAGUUUCAUAGGGCCAUCGGAGGAACACAGAACACGACUAUUUACGCCUAUAAGGGGAUUAAGAUGCCGAUCCUCAACAAUUCAGACGGAUGUUUGCGCUCUGAUUUCAAUGCACAAAAAUGUCUGCGCCUUAUCUACACCGGUUUGCGGGUGUACCAGGUUAACAUGCCUCACCUAGAGCAGGAGAGCCAGUUUAUAACCAACGUAGUGAAUAUUAAAGCGGGGACCUACAGAUUGCUACAUUUAAUUAAAGAAACAGUAAAAGUAAACGAUGAGAAAGUUCCUCAAGUCGAUUUGAGCGAAUUUACAGAUACAGCAUGGAAUCAGAAUAUAAUCGCACACUCCAUUCUGCACAGCUUCACAGACUUCAUGACCGAAGCCAGCAGAGCGAUUAAUUACAUGAAGAAUAAGAAAUUAAUGAGACACCUUAAAGAGGACAAGAAGGAGGACAAGUGGAUCUCAAAACACCAGCAAUGAACUGUCUGAUGUUGCUGUUCUUUUAUUUAUCUGGCCACAUAUUUAUUUAUUUAUCUAUUUAUUGCAGUAAUAUGUUUAAAAUAGUUUUAUAUUUAAAAUUUGGAAGUUGGAAAGAUAAGGGCAUUGAAGCUUAGUGUGAAAACUCAGCUCGUACGUGUUACAUUAACACAUGUGACUGUUUUUAAGAGAUAAAUAAAGCUGGAUCACGUGCAA